AUGGAUGGUAAAACACGCAGAGAGAGAGGAAGAAGAGAAGGGAACGUGCUCCUCCUUCGCUCUCUUCUGCUUCUCGAAUCUCACUCUGUGGACCCUCGUGUCGUGUUUUCUCUCCAUUCUCUUGGAUAUCUGUCGUCCGCUGCGGAGGUGCUUGCCAACCCUUCCUCUUCACCUCCUCAUCCUUCGUCUCUCUCUUGUUCAGCUUCUCCUCGUUCUCUGUCAUCUCUAUGGAGUGUGCCACCGGCGAGCUCGCGCCUGCGCGGCGCGUGCUUGGAGUCGGUUCGCCGUCUCCUUGCGACUGAACGGACGAAGGAGACAGCGGCGCUGGCGGCUUUAGCCACGUAUGAUCUUCCGGCCUCUAGCAGCAGGAAGCCGCCCGCUCACUGGGGCUGGUCCGCGGAGAAUCUCCUCGAUGAUUUCGGCCUCGAAGACGGCGACUCCAACGUCGUCUUUGCUUCAGACUCCACGGCUAGCGACCCUGAGGAGGCGUCCCGGGGGAACGACCACAGCGUUGGGACUUUAGACGCGUGCGCCUGCGACCAGGGGCGAGACUCACCCAGCGGCAACUCAGAGCCGUGUGUCCUUCUCGCGUCUGUCUACGUCACGACCGCCUCCAAGAAAGGACGCGGUCGGAAGAAGAAGCCGAGCGUUGUUGGGAUCGAUUUCGAGGCGCGCCUCGUGCCUCUGCACCACAGCGCCUCGGGAGGCUUUGCGCAUGUCAGCGUCGGGCUCUGCGGCAUCAGGGGGCUGCCCCCUUCGUUCUGUCUGCAAGCGCAAGAAGUGAUCUCACGCACAUCUGCGCUCUUCGCGCCUUUGCCUUUCUCCGCGCUUUGCGCGUACGCGGCUCCAGACGGAGAGCCUGGAAGCCGCCAGCAGCGGGGCGCCGCAGUCACUCAGCAGCGACGUGACGGCGGUGCCCCGCAGCUCGCACGCGAGGCAAGCGCAGCUCAGCGUCCACGCGAGGCGGCGGACAACGUGGGAGACACGAAGCGGAGGACAGGCGAGGGGGGCGAGCCUGAUGAGGAGCUGGAGCGCGAAGCGAUCUUUGGCGCGAGUCUGGAGAUUGUCCAAAAGAUCCUGAGAACUGCAGCAGCUGUAGAGACGCUGCUGCUCGCGGGGCACGGCGCGCAGGGGGGGCAGGCCCCCUCAGGCGACACGACCAGCAUCGCUCUCGGGGACGCCCCGAUCUUGAAGGCGCCCGCGAAGAUGACGGGUGAAGGCGGCUGCGCGUCGCCACCUGAUGAAUCCAUUUCUCGGGGUGAUGCAGGGGGGACAGAGGAACGGGAAGUCUUCGAGGCGAAGGAGAAGAAGAAAGGCCGACACCGCGUCUCUUUUGUAGCCGCUCCAGCGGACGGAGCCAGCGCACCCUCGUCCCUCGGAAGGCGCGCCCCUUCGGGUCCGUCGACUCGGGAGACGAACCGCCAGGCUGAGGGCGAGCGAAACCCAUCGCUCGCAAACGCCUCGUCGGCCGCGGGAAGUUCUGGCGCGGAGAAGCGGCAGGGGAAAGCCGAGAACGGAGUCUUUGCGCGCGACUCGCCGCAUGAGCUCACACGGGCGGCGAACGGAAGCAAUGUGCUCUGGAAGCGAGAGCUGCAGCGAGACUCAGAAGCAUGCACGCAUUCAGUGGGGGGGAGUGGUGGAGCCGAAAGCGGAAGUAUCGAGGACGACCGUACGGCGUCUCCAGGUGCGAUAGUCGAAGCGCCCGCUUCUCGUGCGCGGGCGGCAUCUGCUGUUGCCUCCCGCUCCGCGUCAGUCCUUUCUUCUUCGCCUGCGCCUCGUGCGCAAAGGCCUCGCCAACCCGCAGCUGGGCUAGGUUCUCAGGCGUUGUCGGGAGACGCGGGCGGGAGCUGCUGGGGCCCUGUCGGAGGGAGCGGGAUGCGUCAACAGCUCUCUGGAGCGACAGCGAUGGUGCAGGCGAGCCGCGCGUCUACACACACGCCCAUGCUGUCUUCGCAGGGAGGAAACGUGUCGCACAAAGCAGUUGAAAUGGCGUCUUCUGCUUCCGGUCCAGAGGCGUCGGCGACCAGCCAUCAAGGAAGCCUUGCACGCCUGUCUCCGCCUAACCUGUCUGACUCAGGACCUGCGCGACGAGGCGGCGACGGCAGCCAUAGUGAAGGCGCUUCCCUAUUCGCGGGCCUCGCAGCUCAGCAGCAUGGAGUCCCGGUGUCGCCAGCGCAUCUUAGUGAUUUACGCCAACACCUCGCUGGUCGCGGCGUCUCCGAUGCGCCUGUGAUAGCAGAGUGGUACGCGGCACGCAGCGAUCGGCAUGCGCUAGACACGGUGAAGUGCGGGCACAGCGACCUGCAGGAAGUAGGCGACGCUGCAGAGGCGCGCGGCGACAGAGAGGGAAGCGAAUCAACGCUGGCCGCCAGAGGACGCCCUGACGUUGCGCAUGGAGGCGAUAGAUAUAUGCAAGGGCAGUGCGCCGCCGCGGGUGAAACGGAGACUGUGCUGGAUAUUAUUCAUGAGGAGGGCGGAGACGAAGACUUACAAGGUGCGAGGGGAGGGACCUGCGAGCGGUCCAGAGAGGGGCGGUGUUGCGAGACCAUGCCUUCGCAGAACGAAAGAGACAAUGGCGCAGCGCACGCCGAACUCAGAGGGCAGAGCUCGAUUCGCGAGUUGCAGGACCCAGCGAAUAAGGCCGACGAAGAAAAUGGAGAGGGAACUGAAAAGGCGAAGGCAGAGGGCGAGGCGCUGCGUGGACCUGAACCAGGCAGAUGUUCAGCCGCCGAAAUGCCCCGGCACGGGCGAGGCGCCCGACGCGAGGUCAGAGACGAUAUUGAUACAGCAGAGAAAGGAAAGAGGAAAACAGAGGAGGCGACGGCUAGCCGCUACCAAACUGAGUUUAUUGAGCUCCAGCAACUCGGGUCAGGAGGCUUCGGCAGUGUGACGAAGGUUCGCCAACGUCAAGGCGGAGGCCUUUUUGCGGUCAAGCGCAUUCCGCUGCUGGCUGCGCGUCCGCGGCGGCGGCAGCCCUCAUUCCCGCUCUCGGCUCCGCGCAGAGAGAGAGGCCUGUCGCCGCUCGACGGCGCCAGGCCCGGCUACGGCCUCACUUUGUCGGGCCGCGGCGGGCGCCGCGAAGACCCGGAGCGCGACCGGGGCGCGGCGCGCAGCUUCUCUGAGCACCGCGGGGAGGACGAGAAGUGUCUGGCGGACUGUCCGAUUUCCGGCAGAGACCGGACGCCUGCGCAGCUGGCCCUGUGGGCUGGCGGAGUCCACGCGCAGAAGCGCGACCUCGAGGCGCGGAAGAAACGGGCGGGCAUCCGGGCGCGCAGCUCCGACGGUUGUGAAGAGAGGCGAGGCCGCGGCGAGGAGCCGCGAAUCAGAAACGAAGUCGAGGGCCUUCCGGGCGCCAGGGGGGCAGGGCGGGGACGCUGCGGAUUCGAGGGACGCAGAGACGACGAGGGCUUUGAGGACUCCGACGCAGACACCGCAAUAUCGUACAUGGCAGAAGCGACAGUGCUCGCGAAGCUGAACCACAAGCACGUUGUGCGGUACUACGACGCGUGGCUGGAAAGCACGCCCGCACCGCCUGAGGCCUCAGAGGCUUCGGCGGGCAGGCGAGAGGAGGCGUGGAACGGAGAAGACAAGCAGCCGACUACGUGUCUUUUCAUUCUGAUGGAGUAUUGCCCUGGGCGCACCUUGCGCGAGGCGAUCGAUUCUGGUCUCCUGCAGCUGCCCGCGCGCCGAGAACGGCGCGUUCGCAGAAGGGACAAACCGAAGGCCGGCGAGGGCGGUGCCCCAGUAGCGGCCGCAGAGGAGUCAGAGGUGGGCGACGGAGGCGGACCUGCGUCCCCAGGCGACCCAAGGCGGCCGGGCUCUGCGGCACUGCGUGCGGCUGCCUCGCGGCCCGCGGGCGAGGAAGGCGAGAGUCCAACCGCUGAGCCACCGGCGCACACCGGGCUGGACGACGAGGAUUGCGAAGAAGACGACAGCGAUGAGGAGGACGAGGAGGCGGAAGAAGCACGCCGACGCGCAGCUGAGAUGGGCCUUCACGGACUCAAGUGGAGGCUAACCCGAGACCUGGUCGGGGGCGUCGCGUACAUGCACUCGCUCGGCGUCAUCCACCGCGACCUCAAACCGAGCAACAUCUUCCUCAAGGCCGAACACGGCAGGCUCUGUGUCAAGAUUGGCGACUUCGGGUUGAUGACGACUGUCUUAAAGGGCGGACAGUCUUCGUUGAGCGCGGAGCGUGCGCGGUGCUUCUCGUCUUCUCCGUCUCACGGCCGUGGGAGCUCGGAGAAUCUUCACCAUGCCACCACGCCAACGACGCCACGCUCGCGAACCGCUUCUUCGUUCUCGUCUCACGGCGUCUGCUGCGACGUGAAGCCGGAAUUCCAGAAUGCGUCGCUUCCGCCUCUGCAGCGCCUGCCGCUCCUGCUCUCAAUGGCCUCGCUCCCGGGCUCCCACGUCACAAGCAACACGCCCUCCCUGCGGCUCUCCGCUGGCGUUGGAACAGUCUACUACAUGGCGCCUGAGCAAGCGACAGGCUCGCGGUACGACCAGAAGGCGGAUAUCUUUUCGCUGGGUGUUGUUCUCUUUGAGCUGUGGGCGCCUCCGUUCACGACGGCGAUGGAGCGCGCGUCGGUAUUGGGGCAGCUGACCCUGAACCACGAGCAGCAGCUCCACGCGUUGCUGCCGCGUGGAGGGGCUCGCGCGGGUGACGUUCACGCGGUGCCGGCUCCUGGGGACGGAGCUCGAGGCGCCGAAGGCCGCGAGGAUGCCGGUGGAAACGCCUUGCCGCCAGCGCCCGCCCUGCGGCCGCGCCAGCAGCGCCGCCGACAGCAGCGCGAACUUGUGCGCCUUCAGCGCACGGAGCAGGGCGAACAGGCCGAGCGAAAGCCGCACGCGCACAAGGCUGAGAGCGCCUCCUCGCCCGCCCAGCCUGCGCGGGGGGCCGGCAAGGCGCCGUGGGCUCCCCCGGCGGUCGCCGCGCCCGCAGCGUCGCCGCCUUUGUCGGUUCCGCCGUUCGACGCCUUGGCCUUUCUGCGGCGCCACGUGCCCGCUGAGGUCGCGCCCCUGAUGCUGGCGAUGAUUCAGCAGGACCCUGACCGCCGGCCGGCGGCAGAUGCUUUGCUAGCAGACGACAUUCUCCUCCCGCUGGAGCUCAGCCAGGCGCUGCCCUCCGAGGCAGUGAACCAGUGCGAGAGGAACGUCCUGCGCUCCUUCGCCCUCGGGCACGCGGACGCGGACACCGAAGACGAUGACCCUCUCCUCGCUGCGCGCCGGGAGCGCCGCCGCGGGAAGGAGGCGACAAGCAGUAAGAAGGCACCGUGUGCCACUCCCGGCGAAGGCAAAGCCGAUACGGCAGGCAGCAGGCGAGUCCGGGAGUCGUCGCAGCCUGAGGCGGGCGAUGCGGACCCCCGUGCCCGCGGUGCAGACCCGGAGGACGAGGAGGAGGGCGACGCUGAGAAAGGAUCCCUGAGGUGGCGGGCGAGGAGCGCUAGCCACGACGGAGACCAAGCAGGUGGCAAGCAGAAACGAAAAGACGGGCGAGGCAGAGGCGGCGGGGGGUUCGACGGUGACGACGGGGACCGUCUUCCUCGUCUCGGCGGAGCGAACGAACGUCACGAGGGAGACUGGCAGCGCGAGAAGGACGCCCGCGGCGGGGCGCGAAAAGGGCUCCAUCCGGACGCGGCCUUGAGGGAGGAGACCGAUAUCGUCAGCGACUGCGUCAGCGCGCCCUCCAGGGGCAUCGGACUCCGAGAGGAGCCCAAGGAGAAGAAGAAAGAAAAAAAGAAGAAGCGAGCUGCAGAGCGAGGAGACGAGGUGCGACUCCUCGAGAUCGGGAGGACCCGAGGAACUGAUGCAUCCGAGUCAGGAGACUUUGUUUGCGCGGACGUGGGCGAGUUCGACGUCGGCGACGAGAGGCGCGGAGGAGGGAGGGCGGUGAAAAAGGGAGAAGAAGACCGAAAGGUCGCUUUGAAGACCCUGCCCUCCCAAAUGCAUCCGUUUAAACUCAUCUACGAUGUCAUUGCCUCUUACCCGUUCUCGAAUGAAGCCGUCCAGGUCAUGGCCACGCUCUUGAAUCGUCACGAGGACGAAGCGGCGCUUCACCAGUUUCUGCUCCUAAAGCGCUCGCUCGCUUCCGAGCACGUUCUGCUCUACCGAAUCCAGCAGUUCACGCGGGGCUUGAUUCGGCAGCACUGCGCGACGUGUUUCGAACGUCGUGGGGCGACGCAAAUGUCCCUUCCAGUUUUUCUUCCGCUCACGGGCAGACUCGCAGGCAGCCUGAGUUCGAUCCGUCGGUUGCUGCGGCACUCCAAAUUGAUUUUCGACCUGAAGGGAAAGCAGGACGACUUGCAGCGGAAAGCCGACGACGCGCUUCAGAAAAAAAAGGGCCUUCUCGGCAAGCGCCUCCCGGCCGGCGCACUCGACUCCGACGGCAAAGGCGGCGGGCUCGAUCUGGCGGGCCCCCCGGAGGGCGCGCAACAGAGUGAGGCAGUGGCUCUCGAGCGCAGCACUCCCGAGCUGAACGCAGCGUCGAAGCAACGCGCGACCUCGGGCACCACUCCGUCUUCGUCGGGUUAUCCCUCGUCUACGCCGUCUGCGUUCUCGUCGUUCUUCUCCUCCUCGUUUUCCUCCGCGGGGCACGCGGCUUCGGCGGCGGCUUCGUAUGCGCUCUUGGAGAGUCAGGGCGUGCCGCCGCCGCACUUGUUUGCGACGUCGCUGUUCCGGCCGUUUCUGGUCCCGCCGCAGCCGUUUCUGCCGGCGUUUAGCGCGCCUCAGACCUCGGCGGCGUCCUCGUUUUCUUUUUCGCUCCCCUUCGACUGUCUACCGAUCCACACGGCUGUGGCGCCGGCGGCGGCGGGAGUCUGCACGCCCGACGCUGGGGCGGCCGCGGCGGCCGCGACAGUCGAAGAACUGCUGACGGCCGAGCAUUUCUCGUCGCCAGGGAAGGGCGUCGUGUUGCUCUUGGAUGCCGCAGCCACGCCGCUCAUUCUCCCGUUUUCGCUCUUCCACGGCGCCGCCGCCGAGGCCGCCGGUAAGGCUGACCACAAUGCACACGGGGGGCUGCCCGUUGUGCAGCGCAGGUGGGCGUUCGGGCCGACCUACAUCAAGGCGGACUGCAUUGGCGGGCGCCCGUCCCGCCUGCCGCCCGCGCGCGGCCCGCGCGAAGACCGCGAGGGCAACGAGGACGAGGGGCGCGCCGGAGAGAGCCGCAAGUCGAAGAAGAGCGGACGAGAGGUCGACGACGCAGCGGCCGCGUGCGGCGGCGUCGGCAUGGCGGGAUGCGUGCGCUGCAGGAGGAUGAAGAUCGGCGCCUCGGGGGACAAAGGCGCGUCGUGCUUCUUCCCGGGCGACGAGAAGCGAAGCAGGCGCGCAGCGCGCGGGCAGGGGAGCAGCGCCCAGCCGUGCAAGGCGGAGGAGGACGCAUCCUGGUCGCUCGCCGCUUCCUCGACUUCGUUCGCGCCACACGAAGUCUACGCGGCCCUCUACGACUUGGUUGUCGACCUCGACGCGUUCCGGAACUGGGACGAAGAGUUCGGUGAGUGCUUCGCGGUGUGUGGCGAAGACGCGGUGCCGCCUAGGCGCCGUGGAGAGAAGGACCGCGACCAACUGGAGAGCAAGCAUCCCGGCAAGUCGCUCAUCCCAGGCGCAUUUUUCGACGCCGAAGUCGUCAGCGCAGCCGCGGACGUCCUCGCGCCGCUCGCGAUGGUCUCCGCGGCAGACGCAGGGAGUCAGACAGCCGGCACCCGCCUGCUGCUGGUAUGGACGCUCGCCGACCUUCUGCCGACGAUUCUGCAGCACCUGAUCCUGAUCCCCGAAGACCGGGUGCGCUUCUUCACGAGCUGGCUUCGGGUGCAAGCGAAGAGCGGGACGCUGACGAAGGCGGCUCUCCAGGCGCAUCUGCGGGCAGUUUUUCUCUACUCUGACGACAGCGUCGUGGCGGCCGCCGGCGCCGGGGGCGGCUGCAGCGACUUGCUCGCCCCUGCGACCGCUGGGGGCGGCGCGGCCGAGGCGGACGACGGCGCGAGCGCGGGCGUAGAGGAGGGCGAGGGCGGCAGCAGGAGCGCCGAAGACGAGGAACGGAUUCUCCUUCAGCUGCUGCAGAAAGAACGAGACGAAAACUUUGUGCGACAACAAGCUGAAGUCCUGUGGACUCUGCUCGGGAUCCACGGCGAGACACCGGAAGACACCAUCACGAAGCUGGUCGCGUUUGUUCUCUCGAUGGACCGCAGCUACGAGGACUCGCUGGCGCUCCUCGCCCAGAGCGACCCGAGUUUGUCUUCGUUUGAGAAGCAUCUUGGGCCGUUGGGGGCGUUUUCGCUGGACGGGCGCGGCGAGCUGGACGACGCGCAUGCACAGCGGCGGGGUCGCAGCGCUUCCCACGACGCGCCGCUGGUCGCCUCGUUCUCCUCGCUCUCCUCGCCUAUCCUACAGCAGCUGCGGCUCCUGCGGGUCCAGCAGCAGCUCCUCUCGCAGAUCGAGGGCUUCCCCCCCGAGCAGCAGCGCUUCGACCUGUUCCUGCCGUUUGACACGGCGCAGUACGCCCACGGUCUAGUCUUUUACAUCCUCGGGGCUUCGAUCGCGCGGGCCGCUUCGACGACUCCUGGCGGCGGAGGCGGCGGAGGCGGAGCCGCCAGUGGCCUCGGCGGUUCCGCGGGGAACCUUGUGAACGCGUCAUUUCUGUCGACUUACUCUGCGGGAUUUCCGAACGAGAAGACAGCGGCUUUCGCAGGCGCCCGCGAUGGUGGGCAGGCCGCGUCCGCUUCCUCGCUCCACGGUGGCGUGCCGAGGGGCGGCAGCGCAAACCUCGACGGCGGGCGCCCAGGGGCCCCGCACGCCACGCUCCACCACGGGCCCUCAACGCGGCACUCUAAAGCCGGAGGGUCGGCUGCGGCCUCGAAGCACGCGGCGUCGCAGCAGGCGUUGCUCGCGCUGCGCUUCGCCUCGCAGCAAAUGCGCGAAGUCCUGGCCUGCGGCGGCCGCUACGAUGCUCUCCUCGAGGAGGUCAGGAUGCAGGGCAUCGGCGAGGACGGGGACCGCGCCCGGGGCGGGGCCGACCUGGGGCCUGUCGGGCGCGAAGGCGGCGCUGCCCGCGACAAACGCAGGAGAAACAUGUCUGUCUCUGGCGUGGAACUCGCGGCUGAGUGCAUAGGAAAGCGGUUGCUUCUCCUGGGGCAGCAGGAUCCCACGCGCCUCGUCUUCUCCGACGACGUCCACAGGAGCGCCUCGCUGGCCGCGUCCGCUCUCGGCGUGUCGUCACCAGGGUCUGUUGCGUUCCCCUCGCCUUUUUCGCCCUUUGCCUUCCGGGAAGGCGAGCGAACAGGCGACGCGCGAGCGCAGGCCGCGCUCCUGGAGACUGGGGGCGCCUCGGGGGCGGCGUCACUGGCGACGAAGCACGAGGUGAACUCGCACUUGGCUGGGCAUCCCUCGUCCUCCUUCGCCUCUGGCGCCGUAUCGGCCGCAGGCGGCCCGGCGGCGCUCGCUGCCGCAGGGGGUGAAGGUGCUUUGCACGCGGGCGCCGGGAGCCCGUACGAUUCGUCGACCUUCCGCGGAAAUCUGCGUUCUCAAUCCCUCGCCGGCCACUUUGCGCUCUCCGGCGCGACGGCGUCGGACCAGCGGGAGGGCAGGGCGUCGCUGAGCGCGACCGGGAGUGGCGGGGCCUUCGCGUGCGCUGCCGGCGGAGGCGGGGACGGUCGCGAACGCGAGGGCCGCGAGUUCGACGGGCGGAGCUUCGGCAACGUGAGUCGCGUGCGCAGCAUCUCUGGCGGCCACGAGGAGCGGAAGCUCGCGGGGGUCCUCGAGUCGGCGCGGCGCAUAGGAGUCAGCCUCAAGCAGCUUUUCUACGGGGCGCCCAAGUGGUCCAACAAACCGGAAGUCCUCAUCUGCGUCGUAUGCCAGCCUCACCCGGAGCGCGGACAGCUGCUCCCCUCAGCCAGCAAAGCAGGCGGAGAUGCCGAGACCAAACAGAGACGAGACGGGGCCAGGGCGGAGGCCUUCCUCGCCACCAAGGCCUACGAGCUGCGCAUGCGGCUGCUGCGCACGGGAGUCACGUGCGAGAUCCGCUGGAUAUCUUCCGCGGAGCGGCAGCGUCUCAAGCGUCCAGUCCGGCGGCAGGCCUGGAACGCCGCGACGCAUCGGCCUUCGUCCGCAGGCGCGGCUUCGUCACCGAACGCGCCGGCGUCCCGAGACCUUCUCCAAUGGAUUCUGUUCUUAGCGUCGUCGGCGUCGUCUCUGAGCUCCAUGGCGCCGUCCGCGUCGGGCGCGGGGACGCGUGCACCCUCUGUUGCGUCGUCGGGCGACGGCGAAGCCCGUGAGCGGCGGGAAGACGCCCAAGCAGCGGUGGCGGACUGCGGAGCGCGCAGCAAGUUGUUCGCGCUUCUGCAGGAGGCUGUGGCGGCGACGGAAGGCCAGCGAAUGCCCGCGCCUCGCCCCAGUCGAGCCGAGGAUGACGUCCAACUGGUGAACGACCUUGACCUCCACAUACACAUCGAGCACCUCGCUGGCGACGACGCGAGUCAGGACUUGCGCUCCGUGGACGACGCUGUGGCUUCCCUGGCGACGGCCGUCGGCGCCGUCAGGCCUUGCCGAGGCGACGCUGCAGCUUCAAACGAGAAGCUAGGCUGCGCGCGCUUGUAG